GCUGUCUCGUCCUUUGGUGUCCCUGUGUAGCCAUUGGCCGAGUCGCUAACAUCGUGGAUGCAGGCAAAAACGAAGCGGGUGAAAUCUGCAUCUUCUGGUGCAUCACCGAGUGGCUCUUGUGCGGCUGCAUCGUGUCCAGAGAAUACCGAGAAACGCUAAGGGCUAGGUACGACCUUCCAGAAAAGCCCUGUGGGGAUCUCUGGAUGCACUGGUGCUGUGUGCUCUGUGCCGUUUCCCAGGAGUACCGAGAACUGAAGAGCCGUGGCUGGGAUCUGUCUAUCG